AUGAGCGCCCUCUGUAAGAUAGCACGGCCUCCAUCAGGUCUUGGCGGAGCUCUGGCUCGCUUCCUCUGGAUCUGUGGUGGAGCUCAGAAACCAUCAUUUUUAACAAACACCUCAGGUGAUUCUGAUUCAGAUGCUGCCUCAGCACCCCAAUCGGAUGAAGGCUCUGACAUCGACUCUGAACCAGACUUACCGCUCAAGAGGAAACAGCGCAGGAGCCGAACCACCUUCACAGCAGAGCAGCUUGAAGAGCUGGAGCGUGCUUUUGAGAGAACUCACUAUCCUGAUAUUUACACUAGGGAGGAGCUGGCCCAGAGGGCAAAGCUCACCGAGGCCCGCGUGCAGGUUUGGUUUAGCAACCGCCGUGCAAGAUGGAGGAAGCAGGCUGGAGCCAAUCAACUGAUGGCUUUCAACCAUCUCAUUCCGGGGGGAUUCCCUCCCACGGCCAUGCCGACCCUGCCCACGUACCAGCUGUCGGAGACCUCUUACCAGCCCACAGCUAUUCCACAAGCUGUGUCGGAUCCCAGCAGCACCGUUCACAGACCUCAGCCGCUCCCUCCGAGCACUGUACACCAAAGCACUCUUCCUUCCAACCCGGACAGCAGCUCUGCCUACUGCCUCCCCAGCACCAGGCAUGGAUUUUCCAGCUAUACAGACAGCUUUGUGCCUCCGUCCGGCCCCUCCAACCCCAUGAACCCCGCCAUUGGCAAUGGCCUUUCACCUCAGGUAAUGGGACUCCUGACCAACCACGGCGGGGUACCCCAUCAGCCCCAGACCGACUAUGCGCUCUCACCUCUCACUGGGGGCCUGGAACCUACCACCACGGUGUCCGCCAGCUGCAGCCAGAGACUAGAGCAUAUGAAGAGCUUGGACAGUCUGCCGACUUCUCAGUCUUAUUGCCCACCCACCUACAGUACCACGGGCUACAGUAUGGACCCAGUCACAGGCUACCAGUAUGGGCAGUAUGGACAAAGUGCCUUUCAUUAUCUGAAGCCAGAUAUCGCCUAAGUGAACUGUCCACUUGGAGCUUAAACUGGCCCUGCUUCCGGUCUCCACAGCCUAGACAUGAAGAAUCUUCUCAGAAAAAAAAAAAAAAAUCAUCCUCUUAGGGGGCAGUCUCAACGGGAGACAAAGGAGAGUGAUGGAUUUUCUUUCUCCAGUAGUUGGUUUCAAAUUCUUUUGAACGUGUUGGACAAAAACAGUGGAGAAGAGGAAGAUCCAGAACGAUGAAAGACAAAUGCAGCAUUUUAAGGCAAUGAUUUAACAUGGCUACAUAUCAAAUAUCCUGACUCUCUAGUGCUGAUGAUCAAGGAGCUAAAACAUUCCAUUUGUGUGUGUGUGUGUGUGUGUGUGUGUGAUUUAUCUGGUUUGGGCAAGCAGAAAUGUUCUGAAAGAUAGUAGGAGAAUACUCAAGAGCAUAACGUGUUUGAUGUCCGAUGCUGAUACUUCUACAACUUUAAAACUGCUCGCUCCACGAAGCAGGAACAGAGGAGUCCUUGACUGUGACACACUGGAAAUGGAUAUAAAAAUCAAUGCCACCAUUUUUAGGAAGUUAGACUAGAUGUGAAAGACCUCCCGAAUAAAUUAUUUGUUAUCUUACCCUCAUCUGUAACUCAGUUGUCAGUAACUGUCCCAGAGGGACACGUCUUGCUAACAGGAUAUGGGGGAACUGGAAGAAAAGCUGGUUUUCUUUCUUGUGUGGGGGAGGCGUGAGACAUUAGCCCAAUUUCUUUUCAUUUGGAAGCCAACCUGGGCGAGGGAGGGCGCGGUGGAGAAGUGACGUGCAUUCCCACAGCUGCUUAUCAGUGUGCAAUAUUGUGUACCUCACGGAGGCUUUGGCGAUGGCCAGGGCCGUAGAAACAGAAUCAGAACUAUAUUUUUGCAGGUGCUUUAUUUUUGCAGCCCAUUCAUCGUGGUAGAAUGCAGUGGUUGCCAUUUGCUGGACAACCAACAUCCAGCUUGCUCCUUUUGAUUAGAGACCGUGUUAGAGAAUAAUGCUUUUAAAAUGACUACGUUUACAUUCUUCUCUUUUCUAGGAAAGGCAGGGCAACAAGAGAAAUGUCCACAUGGCUCUCAUGUACUUUUAAAUUAUACAGUAAUAUCCGAUAUUAAAAAAUGAUGGGAACUGAGGUUUACAUAUGUUUGUGUGGUGACAUUUUAGAAUGUCAAUAAAUUUUUUUUUGAGCUGUUAAGAGGAACGGGAAGGUGGAAGGCAGUGUUAUUUAUUUCUUUCUAUUCUUGGAACCAUGAACGAAGUGGGCACAAAUACAUUCCUUUUAGGGUUAAGAACUAUGACGUAGUGAGUUAGUGAGACUAGACCUAGUACUGAGUUUAGUUCCUACGUUGGUCUUAGGGGGUGAUGGAUCAAGAAAAGAGCUAUCUUUGUGUUGCAGCCUCAGCCAACAACAAUGUGUUGUAAAAAUGUCUUUCCUGUAAAAAG